AUGGGAGACCAGGAAGUAAUUACGGAGGUUCCUGUGGCAUUGAAACGUUUGGCGAAAUAUGUGGUGCGUGGCUUCUACAGAGUGGAGUAUUCUCUCACCCUGGACUUGCUCAUUCGCUACCCCUGUGUGAAGGAGGAGGAUCUGCAGCUGCUCCUGAAGUUUGAGAAGAAGCAGCUUCGAACCAUCCUGAACACGCUGAAAUCCGACAAGCUCAUCAAAAGUCGCACACAAGUUGAGAGGAGCGCUGAUGGGAAAAGCUUCAGGCACAAUUACUACUAUAUCAACUACAAACUGCUGGUGGAUGUUGUGAAGUACAAACUAGACCAUAUACGCAGAAAGAUUGAAGCUGAUGAGAGGAAUUCAUCCACUAGAUUGUCUUUCAAUUGUCCAUCAUGUAGCAGCAUCUUCUCCGAUUUGGAAGUUAAUCAUUUGUUUGAUCCUUACACAGGCAACUUAAAUUGCACUUACUGCCAGACUGAAGUGGAAGAAUCCUCAGUGUUAACUGAACGAGAUGCUCAAACCCUUCUGGCAAUUUUCAAUGAACAGAUUGAACCCAUCUAUGCACUCCUGCAUGAAACGGAAAAUAUUACAAUUCCAUAUGUGCUUCUGGAACCACAGCCAAUGGAGAUUCCAGAGUUAAGCCAGAAUCAGAAGUCAUACUCUUUUGUAAAUUUCAAUGGCUCUGUGGAAAAAUGGUCAAGCAAAGCCUCCAUUUAUGGUGAUAUGUAUGUGGAAAAUGUUGACAUCAAUGUCCAAGACCCUGAAACUAAAAAAAUUAAAAACCCUAUUAAAGAACAGCUCAAAUGGAUGACUGAAAAUAUUGUUGAAGAACACAAUUUGGGCGCAAUGAGCAAACAAAUUGUUAUUGAAAUGCCUGAAACCCUUGAUAGAAAUGCAAAUUCCAAGAGUGAUUCCUUUAAUAAUGAAGUCAUCAAAACACUUCUGGUUCAUGAGAAAAAAGUGUCUUUUGAAGCUGUUUCCACAUCAAAUGCCAAUCGAAGUGAGGCAGACAGUGAUACGAGUGCAUCGGAGGAAGAAACCAAGAAUGCAAAACUAGGCUCAAAUUUGGAUCUUGAAGAAGAAGAAUAUCAGUUUGAAGAAAAUGACCCAACAGUCUUUAUUGCUGGAAAAUCCCACCUCUACAGUGAAGUCAGCCAAAACCCUGAUUUAGUAUCCUUGAUGAAUGAUGAAGAGCGAGAGAGUUACAUUCAUAUUGGCCAAGAAAUGUUUCAAGCAAUAUGA